AUGGCAUUCACCAAAAUCCUGGUACUUUUCGUCGGUAUGUGUCUACUUGGAAUCCCGACGUCGGUGGGACAUCCUAGACCGCGGCGCUCGUCCGAAAGACACGGCCUGAUGCACGAGCUUCGCCGUGUGAGUGAUGCGGUAAGGGAACUGGAGACCAGGGUACACAUCCAGUACAACGACAUGAAGGACCGCGAAUGCGACAACAAUGACUGCCAUUUCCUGAGUGGAUUGGACAACCCAAUGUGCAACUGGCCACAACUGGCCCCCCACAACCACACCAUGACCGUAACUCAGAUUAAGGCAGAGCUGAUGACGAGUCAGUUGUCACUGAAGCUGUGGAACUGUACCAUCGAACCUUUGCUGAAGAACCUGGGACCAGACUAUACAGGGGACGAGAACGGCACUGGGAACGACAACAUCCCAAGGGCUGUCCGUCAAGUCCAGGACACGAUCCGUUCCCUCAACAUUGACAUGCCUGAUCACGUCAAGUCGACCCCCUGCAGUGUGAUCCUUCUGCACACGUUCAAGCGUCAGCUGACGUCAUUCCGUGAUGAUCUGAGGGCCAUGCGGGCCGGCAUGCAUGCGCAUGCGCAGUGAUGACGUCACCAAGCCCUCCUAGUCAAGGAAAAACUUACUACCAGUCAGGUAGUUUGAAGCGUAAGGCUAUAUAAG